GUCCAGACGUAAAUAUGCCCUCGCCCUCCCUCCACAGCUUGUUUUCCAUUGGAAUUUGAAUUAGCUUCUAUAGAGCCUUGGAGUUAGCGACCUGCUAUCAUCCAGACAAAAUUAAGCUUAGAUCCAGAAGGAUAAAAUAGCAAGAUGGGAAAUAUUCACACUGUUGGACCCAAUGAAGCUAUGGUGGUGUCAGGUGGCUGUCUCAGUCCCACUGCAAGGAAGACAGUCAUUGGAGGCUGGGCCUGGGCCUGGUGGUGUGUGACAGACGUGAAGAAACUAUCCCUUGAGGUGAUGACGCUGAACCCGGUGUGCGAGCGGGUGGAGACCUCGCAGGGCGUGCCGCUCACCGUCACCGGCGUGGCCCAGUGCAAGUUCAUCAAACAGGAGGACCUGCUCAAACAGGCGUUCGAACAGUUCAUCAGCAAGUCGGUCAACGAUGUCAAGAACACGGUCCUGCAGACGCUCGAGGGCCACCUGAGAGCCAUUCUCGGUACGCUCUCCGUAGAGGAGGUGUUCAAGGACCGGGACCAGUUCGCCGCCCUGGUGCGCGAGGUGGCCGCCCCGGACGUCGGCCGUAUGGGUAUCGAGAUCCUCAGUUUCACCAUCAAGGACGUUUACGACGGCGUGGACUACCUGUCCUCGCUGGGCCGGCCGCAGACGGCCGUCGUCAAACGGGACGCCCAGAUUGGCGUGGCCAUGGCCGUCCGAGACGCCGGCAUCCGGGAGGCGGAGUGCGAGCGGGCCGCCAUGGACGUCAAGUACGGCACAGACACCAAGGUGGCCGACAGCACCAAGCUGUUCCGACUGCAGAAGGAGGAGUUCGACCGCGAGGUCAACACGGCGAAAGCGGACGCCGAGCUGGCCUACGAGCUGCAGGCCGCCAAGGAGAAGCAGAAGAUCCGGUUUGAGGAGAUCGCCAUCGACGUCAUCGAGCGCAGGAAGCAGAUCGAGGUGGAGACACAGGAGAUCAAGCGGAAGGAGAAGGAGCUCACCGGCACGGUCAAACUGCCCGCCGAAGCGGAGAGCUACAAGGUCGAGGCCAUCGCGCAGGGAAAACGGUACCAGACGGUCGAGGUGGCCAAGGCCGAGUCCGAGAGUACCCGUCUGCUGGGAGAGGCCGAGGCCAGCAGCAUCGAGGCCAUCGGCCGCGCCGAGGCCGAGCGGAUGCGGAUGAAGGCGGCUGCCUACCAGCAGUACGGUGACGCCGCGCUCACCUCCAUGGUGCUGGAGGCCCUGCCGAAGGUGGCCGCGGAGAUUGCCGCCCCGCUGGCCAAGGUGGAAGAGAUCGUGCUGCUCGGCGGCCAGGACAAGAUCACCUCUGAGAUCACCCGACUGGUGGGCCAGGUGCCGCCCGCCAUCAGCGCCCUCACCGGCGUCGACUUGUCAAAGGUUCUGGAGAAGGUACCGGGCGCACAGGGGAGCGCCUAGAGCGGCCCUGUGUCGAGCCCCCGCGCGGAGCCGCCUGCUGCCUUUUGCUGCCGUCGCCGCCGCCGCUGCCGCCGCCGCCGCCGCCGCCGCCGCCGCUGCUGCUGCCUGCGCCCAGCCGGUCAGCACUGAGAGGGUCGGUCGGGCCCACCGCUGCUCUAUCGGGACCCUCUGACGUUCUUACGAGGUCCCAAUGCCGCUCCCAGACGGUUUCGCCGCCGCUUCAACCUGCCUGCACUGGUCCCUAAUCACCCGCCUCCGGUCACCUGACACCACUCCGAACCCGCCAGUUCCUCGCCAGUCCAGUUUCCCCCUAUACCGCGGCGCUGCCUCUGUCUGCCCGCGGGCCCCGGUCGCCGGGCUGCUCGCCGGGUCCGCUCGCGCAAAACUCUGCACCUGUGCUGGUCCUCCACUGCCCCUACCAGCCGGUCACCUUUGUGAUCAGAUUUUGGGAAAUCAUGUGGCCUAGAUCGAGUGGAUUGCUUGUAUUUUCACUGCCUCAUUAUUAGGGUAGGCUUGCGUAGUGGUAGAAGCCGUUCAGGCCACAUCGGUAUUAGCUGCCUUAGAGGUCUCAUUGGUCUGAAACCUUGUCAAGUGAAGAAAAUCGCUUAGAGUUUAUUCGGUGGAGACUACGUACCUUAUUCUAAAUGCUGCAGCUGGCUGCUAGCUUCAAUGACAUCUUUUUACUCAUCAUGUUUCGAGACCCCAUUUGAUUUAAUAUAUUCGUAGGGCUGCCGUUUGGAAAGGGUCAACGAUGUACAAUGACCGAUGAAAAUAGCGUCUGUUUUUUUUUUCUCAUAACAAUGAAGAAGGUAGCAGUUCGCCACCCAAGCUUCAUCUCGAUGAAUUACGAAGGCGUUUUAACAUUCGCUCUGCAGUCUGAAUUAUAUUCAAUGGUACAGCAUGAACAUUUUUUUGCUCCCGUUUUCUGAUCCGGGCGCGAAAUUCCUUGGCUCUCAAUAUUUCUAAGAUUUUCAGAGUUAUGUGGAAGUGAAAUGGUCAGCUAGAAUGUCAUUUAUAUGCAGUGUAAAAGGGCGUGUUCAGGUAUUAUAAUAUGACAUAUCAGGAAGGAAGGAAAUUCAUAUUUUAUUGACAAACAUAUAAAUCUCAUGCAUUUUUUUCAAACAAAACGUGUCAGCUAUUCUCAUAAAUAUACAACAAAGAAACCAGCAAAUUGGUAGGUGAC